AUGACGUGGCGGCGCCGGAGAAUACGAAUUUGGAGGGGUUUGUUUGGAGGAGUGAGUAGUGGCGGAGGUUGGGAGGAAGAACGGCGGCGGCGUGGGCCCCCGGUGGGAGAAGGGCCGGCGGAGGUAGGGCGUGGCGGCGGCGUCGAGGGCGGAUCUGGAGCCCAGGAGGGUAUCGAGGCGGCUGGGGCGGGGGAAGGAUGGGCCGGCGAACGGCGGCGCCGGUAUGCCCGUGAAUUCCUGGACCAUGGCCCGGAAGUUUGUGGUGUCUGUUGUCAAAACGGUUGUCGGGGCGCGCCGGGAGGCUCGGGAUCUCUUUCUCGGGUUUCGCGCCGCCGGCGGAGGGGCGGCGGCGGUGGUGGGAGCGGCGGUGUCGGAUCCGGCCGGGGGAUGGGGCGGCGGCGGUGGUGUCUGGAAGGAGGGCAUGAAGGGGUUGAGGAGGGUUUGGGAUUGGGAUUGGGUGUUCGGUCAAAGUCAACAUAA